CCGUUAGGUAGACCGGGUGAUCGUAGCAGUCGCGCUAACGAGGAGGAUACAUUUUUUUAGAGCUAGCUAACCAGUGGACACGUGAUAAGGGAAAUGACGCAAAUAUGUACCAACUGCCCGUUUCUCUUAACCAACAAAUAUAUAUUCACUGUGUCUUUCAAAAGAAGAAAGACCAUAAUCAUCUGAAAAACAAUAUUGUUAGCCAACUGUGGUAAGCUAGCAACCCGCGGUGGGAAAAAGGAAAAAGAUUCUUUAGCGAAGGUAUACAGACCUGCUCAACACUGAAGAGAAGAGGCAAAUCUGGGCAGCAUUGAUUUAGAAUAGUUUACAAACAAUUUAAUAUAGCUAUCACGAUAUCUUAGCAACUUUUUAUCUAGCCACACUCUGUCCCACUUCUGAUAGAUAGCGUUGGCUGUUUUAUUUUUAUGUGGCCUAAGCUAGCAUGCUAAUCGAGCGUUUGUAAGCUGAAGUACUAGUAGCCCGUUUCUGUUCGUAACGUUAGUGGGGAUCUUUCUUGAUGCGAUUUGCUACCAAAACUGUCAGCGAUUUGGUUUAAUCCAACACAUUAUGUGUUUAUAAGUUUUAUCUCGAAAUUACACGUUUGUCUUGUUUUGGAAGCAUAACCUUAAAGUAGCUAGCUAACGUUACAUUGGUUAAGGUAGCAAUGGUUCGCAGAUAGCCAAAUAGCUAUAGCUAGUUAACAACCAUAGAUGAUUUGUAAGAUAAACUGACACGUUUUUCUGUUGACAAAUCAGCUAGAUAAGUAACGUUAGUUUUCUAAUUUAUGUCUGCUGGUGAAGUGCAUUGGUUGGCAAAUAACGUCUGAAGGAAAUUGUGAUGGCAAGCUAGAAUAACAUGUAGACAACUGCUAGCUAGCAUGACCUAGCCAGCCAGCUAACUGUAGAAAACAGUAACGUUACGUCAAAUUGUCUAUCAAACUAGGUGACAGGAUAGUUGAAGUAGGGUUGGCCUUGAAACUAUACAGAGGGAUUCAUGAAAAAUAGGAUUCCUAGCUAACUUAGCUGGUUUAUAAACAGGUUAAUAGACCUAACUAAUUGGUAACUAGCUUUCUGCAUUGGCAUAUUCAGACAGAUGAUGUUAGUUGCUAGUAUACAUAUCUAUUGAGUAUUUUUGCAGAUGUUUAUUUUGAAAAUUUAUCAGGAUGCAUAAAGAUUCAGAUCUCAUGAGGUUGAGCACUCCCAAAACAUAUCUGAAGAAUUUACACUUGGCCACUGAAGUUGGAACAGUCCAACACAGUUACAGCUCCAAGUGAGUAGGAGAUGAGGAGCAUUAUUAAGAUUCUCUGUGACGUUAGACAGGUGUACUACAGUGUCUUGCUUUAAAUUAUGUUAUCAGAAACCACUUUAAAUUUACUGAAGUGCGACUUGAAAUGUGUGAAGAAACCAACCAAAUCAGUUGUGAUUUUUCUUCCAAAUGAAUGUUGUUAUUUAGUCAGUGGGUCACCCACCACCAGUGUGCCAAAAUGUCAAUCUCCAGAUAACAAAGCAGGGAUUACUUUUUUGCAAGAACUGCAACGCAAAGCAGCACAUCCCUGAAAAAGAGCAUGCACGGACUCCCUUGAGAUACAUUAAGGAUUAUAAACCAGAAAGUGAAGAGAACUGCGUUAUUAACUUGUUAUCCUCAAUGGAAGUGCCCUUGUAGACACGUAACAGGGUGGCUACAACUGUGCCAUUAGGAGCUCCAACCUUAGAGGAAGCCUUGCAACCCUGGGUUGGCUGCUCUUAAGGGGACGAUGGGUUCCCAAGCUCUUCAGAUACUGCGGCAGGGGGUGUGGGCUUCAAUCACAGGAGGCUGGUAUGUGGACCCCCACCAGAGCACAUUCUCCAACUGCUUCCACCUGUACCUCUGGAUCUUUCUAUUGGCCUUCCCUUUUCUGCUAUACAUGUCUCUCCCCCCUAGCCUGGUUGUGGCAGCUGUUUACUGUGCUGUGGUGGCAGCCUUCUUCACAGCCAUAAAGGCAGUGAACUUCCACCUCCAUGCCAUGUUCGACCUGGGGGAGAUGGUGGAGAAGAGGCAGGUCUCGCACAUAACCAAUGCCCCACGGCUAGAAGAGGGGGAUGAUGGGUCAGGAGGCCAUGAUGGGAACCAGCAUAGGGACAGCAAUGUUGGUGUGGAGAUGACUGUGUUCAGAAAGGUCAACUCAACGCCUCCAGUUCGCUGCAGCUCCCAGCACUCUCUGUUUGGACUCAACCAGGUGUCGGAGUUUUUGCCCCAGCUUGAUGACAGUAGAGGCUCCAAGGAUAUGAAGGAUCUGAUGCGAGAGCAAUGCAGCAACAACUUGAUUGUCACGUCAGCUCGCCGGGAGAUCUUCUGUCACAGCUCCCAGGACCCCAUCCAUGUUGUCAACAUGGUCCCGUCCUGCUUGGCUGCUGCUGUAGGGGGAGAGUUCCCUGAUCUAAGGGGAGUGGGAACAGGGAUAGCAGGGGGAUUUGGUAGCUUCCAACCUGGGAUGUGCAUCUCCAUCCCCCCGUCCCCCUCCAGUCAGGAAGACGGAGGAGAGAAGGGCCAAUUGGAGGACAUUAAGGGCAUGCUAGAGCAGCUGUCCCAGCAGAGUCCUGAUGAGCCCUACUCCCCCUUGGGCCCCUCUGCUGAGUCAGAGAGCCUGGGGGAUGCUCCCAUCAGCCCUCUCAUAAAGAGCAGUCUGAGGGAGGAGCUAAGUGAGAACCUGCUUGGGCUGGGCCUUGACCCUGUGGCCUUCGCCCCGGGAACAGAGCACCCAGGCAGCCACAGUGGGGUGGCCAUGACUGCCGGCUCCACAGACAGCUGCUUCAGCGGGGGUGGAGUGACCACAGACCGUGAGACCCUCAGCACAGUCAGCAGCUACCGCAGUGAGAAGACUGACUCCACCCAGCUGGAGAGCCCUUCACUCAGCCUGCCACAUAACAUAGACUCCGGGGCACCAACCUCUGCCUCAGCCCCGGGCACCAGUACCCUAGAGCCAGCAGAGGAGCCUGUACUGCAGGGGGGCAGUGAUACUGAUGAUCUGUCGGACAGCGAACUACUGCGCUCCCCCUCCAAAGAGCUUUCUCUGGACCAGGGGCUUGAUAAGACAAUAGUGGAAGGGGAAGAUUUGCCACCUGUCCCCUCAGAUAUUACACAGCCCCCCUCCCUUCAGGACUUGUCUCCCUCCAGUAGUGGGCACUCGGAGGCAUGUGAUCUGGACAGGACGGUCCCCGUUCCCCCCCUCCCCCCUCCACGGCAGGUUAACACGUUGCCGUCAGGGCUGGCCCUGGGUCUAGUGUCUUCUGAACCUGAUCAUCCUGUCUCCUCUAUGCCCUUCCUGCCCUCUGAGCAGCCCUCUCUGCAGGCCCAGCAGGUGGUGCGCCCCAAAGACUUGAAGCUGCUGCGGACCGGUGGUGGUUGUGUUGGCCACCAGCCUGGCUGCAGGAAAGCCCCUCGCAAGCGAGGUGGAGGGGGAAGCAGCAGCUUUGACUGUGGCUCCUACAGGAGGCACCACGGACAGCACAGAGACUACAUCCCAGUGCGCAGUCGGCUGGGGGCUAAGACCUACAGCGAGAGCCUGUUUGAGGACUCCAGUGACGAGGAUGAUGGCUCCAGUGUGGGCUCCCAGAGACACUACAGCUCUGACAAUGAUGAUUCCAGCUCCUCUACCUCAUGCUACUCCCCCGACCUCGCUAACACUGGUGUUACAAACCCGCCCCCCUCCACCCAGCUGCCCAUCCCCAGGGAAGGAACGUUGUCCGAGACGUCUGGCCCCAUCCUCUCCCAGAGGCCACAGAGGUCAGCCAGCACGGCUAGUGCUAAGACUCAUGCCAGGGUGCUCAGUAUGGACGAGGCCGGUGGGGGCCACACUAACACUGUGGUCCUGCCCUCUACCAUGCUGACCACCUCCACCACCGCCCCACGACCCCUCACCAUCUCCAAGUCAGACCUGGAGGCCCGGACCAGCCACACAGACGCCUUCCCUGGAACUCACCACCAUCGCCUGGACUCUCUGGGAGGCUCCUGGGCUGGCAACCAGAGGGGCUGGAGGGCUGGGGAACUGGUGGAGGAGGGAGCUGUGGGGGGAGCCCUGGCCCCAGAGGAGGGGGGCAAGCAGGACUCAGUGAGCAGUGUGAAGAGGACCCAGGCCAUCCGUAGGCGACACAACGCGGGGAGCAACCCCACACCACCCCCCUCUACCAUGGGCUCUCCACCCAGUCUCCAGGACCUCCAGCGUGCCCGUACCUCCUCACACUCACGGACCCGGACCCUGCCCUCUGCCUUACAGUUCGCCACCUCACUACUGCUGCCCCGCGCUGGGGUCCAUGAGGCCUCUACCUUCGACGACACCACAGAGGGGGCUGUGCACUACUUCUAUGACGAGGGUGGAGUGAAGAGAUCGUACACGUUUGGACCUGCAGGAGGCGGUUAUGAGGACCCAGUGGUGGAGCGGGAAAGACAGUCCCAGUCCUCCAGCUUCACCUCCAAUGAUGUCCAGGAUGGGGCACCGGUGCUCACAGUGCUCCAGACCAGGCCUGUGGUUCUGCAGGGCAUGCAGGUGCGCAGGGUGCCCCUGGAGAUGUCAGAUAUGCCAGAGUUUGACCUGGACCAUGAAUCUCUGCAUGAGUCCCAGGAGAACACGCUGAUGAUCGAAGAGAAGGCCAAGCCCAAACACUACUACCGCUUCUGGGUGCUGCCAGGCAAGUGGCUGAGGGUGCGUUAUGACCGUCUGGCCCUGCUGGCACUACUGGACAGGAACCGUGGUGUAGGGGAGAAUGUGUUUGCGGUGGUGCUGGCCAGCAUGGUGUCCUUCCUGGGGUUCCUGCUCCUCUUGCAGGGUUUCUUCAGGGACAUUUGGGUGUUUCAGUUCUGCCUGGUCAUCGCCAGCUGUCAGUACUCACUACUAAAGAGUGUUCAACCAGAUGCAGCCUCCCCAAUGCAUGGCCAUAACUGGGUCAUCGUGUACAGUCGGCCCGUCUACUUCUGCCUGUGCUGUGCUCACGUCUGGGUGUUCGACCUUGCUGGGCGCUCGGGCCACCUGCAGCCCUUCUCCCUCUACGGCGUCACCUUCUUCUCCGCUCACUUCCUGCUCUGUGCCAGGGACGUGCUCAUAGUGUUCACCUUGUGCUUCCCCAUCAUUUUCCUGUUUGGACUUGUACCUCAGGUCAACACCUUCCUCAUGUGUCUUCUGGAGCAGGUCGACAUGCACGUUUUUGGGGGAACGGCCACCACCAGCCCCCUGUCGUCCCUGUACAGCCUGUUACGCAGUGUGUUGGUGACCGCGCUGCUCUAUGGGUUCUGUCUUGGUGCUAUCAUUGCUCCCUGGGAACAUCCCCAUGUGCCAGUAGUGUUCUCUGUGUUCUGUGGUCUGCUCCUGGCCUUCUCCUACCACCUGAGCCGCCAAAGCAGCGACCCCAUCAUCCUGUGGUCUCUGGUCCGCUCCAAGUUCUUUCCUGAGCUGCUGGGUCGGACCCCUGAGGAGCCUCCUCUGGAGAUCAAAGACCCCCUGCCUGAGAAACUAUACAACUCUGUGAAAGAGAUGUUCCACUCUGACCUUGUCAUGUGUCCCCUCAUGGCUGUCAUCACGUUUGCCAUCAGUGCCAGCACUGUCUUCAUCGCUCUGCAGCCUGCUCUAAGUUACAUCCUGUACAUGGUGGCUGGGGGGGUGGGCUUCCUCACACACUACCUGCUGCCUCAGCUCCGCAAGCAGCUGCCCUGGUUCUGCCUGGCCCACCCUGUCCUCCGUUCUCCAGAGUACAGCCAGUUUGAGGUCCGCGAUGCCGCCCAGCUGAUGUGGUUUGAGAAGCUGUAUGCGUGGUUGCAGUGUUUGGAGAAGUAUUUAAUCUACCCGGCAGUGGUGCUCAACUCCCUCACUACAGAAGCCCAGCUUGUCAGCCAGAACCCAAUGAAACUGGACAUCUAUGGCCGUGCUCUGUACAUCUCUCUGGCGGGGAUGAAGCUGCUGCGCUUGUCGUUCUGCGCCCCGUCCCUGCAGUACGUCACACUGUGCUUCACCGCCCUCUUCUUCCUCUUCGACUACCCACACUUCUCAGAGACCUUCCUGCUCGACUAUUACCUCAUGUCUAUCCUCUUCAGCAAGCUCUGGGACCUGCUCUACAAGCUUCGUUUUGUUCUCACCUACAUCGCUCCCUGGCAGAUCACCUGGGGCUCCGCCUUCCACGCCUUCGCCCAGCCCUUCGCUGUGCCCCACUCAGCCAUGCUGUUUGUCCAGGCUGUGUUCUCUGCUCUCUUCUCCACCCCCCUCAACCCUGUCCUGGGCAGUGCUGUGUUCGUCACCUCCUACACCAGGCCUGUCAAGUUCUGGGAGAGAGACUACAACACCAAGCGGGUUGAUCACUCCAACACUCGACUGGCCACCCAGCUGGACCGCAACCCAGGUGCUGAUGACAACAACCUGAACUCUAUCUUCUAUGAACACCUGACGCGCUCUUUGCAGCACAGCCUGUGUGGUGAUCUGCUGCUGGGCCGCUGGGGAAACUACACCACAGGAGACUGCUUCAUCCUGGCCUCCGACUACCUCAAUGCCCUGGUGCACAUCAUCGAGAUCGGCAACGGCCUGGUCACCUUCCAGCUGAGGGGGCUGGAGUUCAGGGGUACUUACUGCCAGCAGCGGGAGGUGGAGGCCAUCACCGAGGGGGUGGAGGAGGACGAGGGCUGCUGCUGCUGUGAGCCAGGCCACCUGCCUCACAUGCUCUCUUUUAACGCAGCGUUCGGCCAGCGCUGGCUGGCCUGGGAGGUGGCUGCCACCAAGUACGUCCUGGAGGGCUACAGCAUCAGCGACAACAACGCCGCCUCCAUGCUGCAGGUGUUCGACCUGCGCAAGAUCCUCAUCACCUACUACGUCAAGAGCAUUGUCUACUACGUCAGUCGAUCUCCUAAACUGGAGGAGUGGCUGGCCAAUGAGAUGGUGCAGGAGGCGCUGCGGCCCUGCCUAGGCCCCGCCUACGUGGACAGUGACCCGACCUUCAACCUGAACAUAGACGAAGACUACGACCACAGGGCCUCUGGCGUCACACCCAGCUCCUUCUGUGUGGUCUACCUGGACUGGAUCCAGUACUGUAACAGCAGACGCCAGACGCCGGUGGAGGAGAGCGAGAGAGACUCUCCUCUGGUCACCCUGUGUUUUGGCCUGUGUGUCCUGGGGAGAAGGGCUCUGGGCACAGCCUCCCACAGUAUGUCUGCCAGCUUGGAGCCUUUUCUGUACGGUCUCCACGCCCUCUUCAAGGGGGACUUCCGCAUCACCUCUCCCAGGGAUGAGUGGGUGUUUGCAGACAUGGACCUGCUGAACAGGGUGGUGGCGCCCGGGGUGCGCAUGUCCCUCAAACUGCACCAGGAUCACUUCACGUCUCCAGACGAGUACGAGGACCCGGUGGUUCUGUACGACGCCAUCACGGCCAACGAAGAGAACAUGGUGAUCAGCCACGAGGGCGACCCGGUGUGGCGCGGCGCCAUCCUGGCCAACAUGCCCUCGCUGCUGGCCCUGCGCCACGUCAUGGACGAUGGCAGCGACGAGUACAAGAUCAUCAUGCUCAACAAGAGGUUCCUCAGCUUCAGGGUCAUCAAGGUGAACAGGGAGUGUGUGCGUGGGCUGUGGGCGGGCCAGCAGCAGGAGCUGGUGUUCCUGCGGAACCGGAACCCAGAGCGUGGCAGCAUACAGAACGCCAAGCAGGCCCUGAGGAACAUGAUCAACUCGUCAUGUGACCAGCCCAUCGGCUACCCCAUCUACGUGUCGCCCCUCACCACCUCCUUCGCAGGCGGGCACACCCAGCUCCGCUCAGUCUGGGGGGGGCCUGUCAGCCCCCAUAACAUCUACGCCUGGCUCAUCAGCAGCUGGGACAGGUUACAGAAGGGUUGUGGAGCUGGCUGUAACAGUGGGGGAAAUAUUGAGGACUCUGACUGCGGCGGAGGCUCCACAGCCGUCUCCAACUACCCAUCGGCUCACACCACCCAGAGCACCCCGGCCUCCAGCCUUCCCCAGCCCCACUUCACCUUCAUCCACCCCCCCAUGGGAACUGACAACCCUGUGGGCCCCACCCCCACCUGGCCCCACCACCCUCAGCCCCUCCCCUUGGCUCUGCUCAGCCAGUCAGAGGGCAGGAUGGACACUGGGCUAGUUACUUCCCUCCACCGGACCUCAUCCAUCCAGGGUCUCCUGGGUCAGCACCUGUCCAGCUCACAGCUGUCCUUCAGCAGCUCUGUGGUCAUGGCUCCCCUGCCUGGCCCAGGCAGCUUCCUGGACGGAGGGCACAGAGGGUCCGGGCGGACAGGACUGGGACAUGGCCUGCCCUACGAGGGUCUCUACGGGAAGUGGAGCAUGUCCGGCAGGAAGGGCUUCAACGGGCCAGCCGCAGCUGAGAGUGACGGUGGAGCUUCUCAGUUCAUACGGACACAGUCUACUCCUCCUGCACUGCCGCCUGGGGCCAGCCCAACACAGGACCCCCUGGGGGUCACCCAGUCCACUGAAACCACGCCCCCCAGCCCCGCGCCCGGGGAGGAGUCCACCGAGCUGCCUUUACUUGAGCACCUGGGUUGAGUCUGCUCUGGAGAACCCAUGAGAACCCCUGCAGCCAAAGCACAGCACCACCAGUUCUAGAGUGGGCCUGACCGGACCUAUUCCAGCUUCCCAGAGUCAUUCCAAUGCUCUUCUCUCUCUCUCUCUAAAAGAGACUGGACUCUGAGGUCUGUUACGUCUCUGAUGGCAAAUCACAACAUCAACAUGUUUCGGAGUACAUUUCUUUUCGAGCCUUUGCCAUGCUGGAUGGAUCUGAGGUCUAAAUAUGUUCCUGUUCUCCUCAGUGAACCACCACAAGGAUGCAUGUCAAAACUAAAUGUACGCCCCAUCCCACCAUCUCCCCUCCUAGGACAGGAUCUCUAUUUGAUAGGACCUAUUCCCUCAAGAGUUUCUGUAACAAUGGUAACCCUCGCAGGCCAAAAAGCCAGUGCAAUUGUAAGGGAGGUUUUUCCUUAUGUAAUGUUUAGUUGUUUUUAUUUGUUUAGUUCGUUUGUCUUCUCCUUCACCUGAGACCUACCAGCAACAGCAUAAUGACUCAGAAAAGGGAACUCUAAUAUCCUUGUUGCUGUAUGUACAGGUGAAGCCAGAGUUACUACCAUAACAAGCCUUGUUCUUUACCCACACUGCCCAUCCAUGCUGCACCAACCUGCUGCUCCACUGUAGAACUAGUUCACGUUCACAACUGUGGGGAUCAAACUGCAAGGGUCACAUCAAACGACUUGAACAGCUACAAUAUGACAGGGGUCGGCAACAGGCAGAUUUGAAACAUUUUAUGAGCAAAAAUAUAAAUAAUAUAUGUGUGUGUGACUUUUGGGUCAAAUGACUGUAAAAUCACCAGGAAUUAAGCAAAAAAUUUAAAAAUAUUUAGGAAAUCUGUUCCCAAGUAUUCUCACAAAUAAAAAGUGUCAAUGUAAUUUUGUUUGACAUUAUUAUUUUCAAAUACAAUCUCUUUUUGGGCUUAGUUUUGGUCAAUUUGCAGAGUACAAAUUAUAACAAUUAUUUUCCGCCAUUCUCUCUGACAAAAAUCAGUCCGUGGCUGAAUCUAGUUGCUUACCCCUGCCAUAUGACCAGUCAAUAUCAACUCCCCACAUCACUAUGCAUAACACACACAUUCCAAAACGAAUCCAGCACCCUCCCUGUAAAAACAUCUUCAUACUCAUUUGGAUAUUUAUUAGAGGCACUUGACCACAAUCAACAAUCUCAAGUGUUCUGUCAAAGAGCUUGUUUCAGGGAUAAGACUCCCGCCUACUCCUACCUUUCCCAACAUUUGGUGCUUUUUCCCAGUGGAGUUGACAGUCCUGUCAGGCCUGGACAAAAGUUCUGAAUUUGGGGAGGUUUAAUGAGAUGGGGUGGGGGGUGACUCUGGACAGCUGAUGGACCAGGACAGAGAAUGAAAAGAGAAGAGAUGCUCACCAGGCAGGGACAUUGUUCAGACCACAGGAUUCUAAACUGGGAAUCUUCUUUCUAAAGCCUUUUAGAUUUUUGGGUCCUAUUUUUGGGGUGAGUGGAAUGUCUUUUUACUUUACUUGAAGAAUCACAACUUCCUCAGUGGCUAUAGGCCAGCCCACUGAGUUGCCCUAGUGACCAAACGCUCCCUCCCUGACCUGAUCCAAUCAGCUGUGGACUCUAUGCAGUGGGAGGGGCUCAGACAGCUCUGUGUGGAAUAGCCACCAGCAAGAGGCCCUUCUGCUUUCCUUGGCUCCAGGCAGCUACUACUAAACUACAGCCCCUCCUGCUACUACUACUACACUUACAACUACUGUUUGUGCUACACAUACCUCCAGCGUUUUAGUUGGAAACCAAGUUAAAUAAAUACUGAAAUAACGUCUGGAAGGGUUUGUCUAUUUGACAUGCUGAUGUGAUACAGAAAUGUGGAGAUUGGACUUGCCUCUUAAUUGUAAUUUUUGCCACACGUUUGGUAUCAUUUGACAUGUUUCACUAAGGUUUCUCUUCUAAGGUGUGUAAUGUAACUGGAAGUAUUCCUGAGAAGUAACUUUAAAAUGUUUGCUCCCACUCCUGCAUUUGCCAUACCCUGCUUUAAGGGUCAAAUGAAGGCGUUGAUGUACUUCUGAGUAGUCCUGCUCCAAUGAUUUUCUCUCUCUACCCAGAGCACAUAUCAGACAAGCUGGCUGUCCAACUCUGUUCUGUCCUGAGAGCUAUAGGGUCUUACAGCACUACAGUAAUCCACAUGUCUGUCCCCUGGCCAGUUGUGACAAGUCUUUUAUAUCAAUGGUAGGGCUAUCUGGAAUAACCUUGUGCCAUGGUGUAAAGCUGGACCUAGAAGCCUUGUAUGCUCCUUUCCCCCCACCUAACCAUCUUAGUAGUUUGUCACCUUUUUAGUUAGACUGAACUGUCUACUAAACUUUCUCUUAGAUCUGUCCUUACAGGAUGAAGGACAACUAAUAGGUGGAAAAGGGCAUUCACAUGGUCUCCCAUUGGGAAAGAAUGGGAGGCAGUGGAGGCUGCUGGGAGGAGCUAUAGGAGGACAGCCUCAUUGUAAUGGCUGGAAUGGGACCGUUUCAAACACAGGGAAACCACAUGUUUGACUCCAUUCUGUUCAUGCCAUUACAGUGAGUCUGUCCUAUAGCUCCUCUCACCAGCCUCCUCUGCAGUCAAGGUGAUUCCAUUCAGGCUUAGAACCAUCUUGAAACACAUCUUAAGGACUUGGAACGAGCACUGUGCUAAUGUAGAUCUAGUCUCUUUGUCAGAUCAUUGGAUCUAACUCUGUCAUGGGGAUUGUUGAGGAGGAGCUGGCACCAACCAGAUGUUAACAUGUGUCAACCCUAGGCUUAGGAAAAGCAGAGCCAUUCUGAUCAGGGCCCUUUUCUGGUUCUCUUCUCCCCUAAUUCUCAGUGUAAUAUCCAAAGCAACAGGGAGUACUUUUAUUACUGGGAGAAAGGAAAGCACUGGACUGACCUGGGUGUCAAUAUUAAAAGGGAUUUCUUAAUCUCUGCCAUUUAUGUACAGCAUGUUUUGUAUAUAAAUAUACAUUUAAAAAUAUAUAUAAAUCUAUUUUAUUAUUAGUGCAUUUCUGGUUCUUUUUCAUGGAAGACACUAUGUUGAGUCUUAGGGGGUUCUCUCUUAUUAUUAUAUUACCCCUCAGAAGAGAUCUGGCUCCUGGGUGGAAGGGCACUCUUCACAUUGAAUCAUGCAGUUUGGGGAGAAUUGAUUUCAUACAUACUUUGCACUAAUGCUGUAUACUAGUACACCAUCCCACAUGUUUUUUUUUUAAGUUAUUAUUUUAGUCAUUUGGGGGGAUGUUUUAUUUAAACUGUUCCGUUGACAUUUAAAGUUCUGUACAGUUUUUUUUUAUUUAUUUUUUAUGUGAUUUUCCCCCACGCCCUAUUUAAAUUAAAGAUUUUUGUUUAAUCAUUUGCAAAUUAAA